AUGUUGGUUGAGAUGUUUACCAAUGGUGCACUACAUUCUUGGAUCCAGCGGUCCAUAGGUACAGAAAACUUUACAUUUACUGUUGAAAAUACGACCCAAAAAGGAGAGGGGUAUAUAGGGGACUUAUUUUUCGUUAAAAUUGUUUUGCAACAACCUAUUAAUGGAAAAGACGUUCUUUAUCUGGUCGCAAAGACAAAUAAGAAGAAUGCUGGAUCAGAAAAAUCUAUUUCUAUAGUGGAGGAACUUUGUAAGAGAGAAGUAUUCUUUUACAGCACAAUUCUUAAAGAAUACCAGGAAUUACAAAAUAACAGAAAGCUUCAAGUUCCUUUCAAUAUUGUACCCAAGUGUUAUAAAACGUUUUUAGAAGACGGCAAUGAAGUUAUUAUUUUAGAAAAUUUAAAGAAGGAAGGCUAUGUGCUACAUCCAAGAGAACAGCCCAUGAAUAUUGCACAUUUAGAACUGGGUCUAAAAUCCUAUGCAAAAUUACAUGCAUUAUCUUUUGCUCUGAAAGACCAAAACAAAGAAAUGUUUGAAAAUCUCUCAAAAAACUGUAUUUCCUUAGUGAAAGAGAUGCUUUUAAACUUCCAAACUUUAUUUGAUACAAAGACAAGUUCGUUAGUAGAAACUCUAAAAGAAGCUGGUAGACCUGAUCUGUCGGUUGUUUAUGAGAAAUUUAUAAAUGAGAAAAGUAUUUAUAACAGAUUUAUGGAAGUCACUAAUACUAUUUCCAAAGAUCAAGCCUUAAUCCAUGCUGAUUGCCACAAUGCGAAUAUGAUGUUUAAAUAUAGGGAUAAUGAUAAAUCAGUUCCACUUCACAUGGUUUUGAUAGAUUUCCAAGCAGUUUGCCUUCAUUCGCCAGUAAUCGAUUUGUCCUAUUUUCUAUACAUGAAUUUAUCACCAACUGAAUUUCCAAAACUAAAAGAUUUUGUAGAAUAUUACUAUACUGAGUUUUGCUUAUAUCUAAAAGAAUUAGGUAGUGAUCCUGAGGAGGUAUUCUCGCGAAGAAUUUUUGAAGAACAUUUAAAAUUAUACAUGCCCUAUGGCGUACUUAUAACACUGCCUUUCUUAGAGCUAUUAUAUCUUGACAACGAUGAGACGCCAGCGCUCGUUGAUGAAGAAAGCAACGAGUUCUUCGCAGGUUUCAAUAAUGAUCUGAAAAUAAAAUCACGGGAUGAAUAUGUGAAACGUCUGGUCGCACUGGUGGAUAGCUUUUUUAAUGGUCCAUAUGCGUAAAUAAAAAUUUA